AUGUUGACCGUACUUCUUUUGCUGCUGCUGCACGAAUCACUGGCUGACCAAGAACUGAUGAGUAAACUGGAGCGGGAGAUUGAGAGGCAGAUUGGGGCUCCAGCUGCAAUGAUGUGGAUGCUGUGUGACCAGCCGCUCACCAGCCGCUGUUGGCCUCACCAGCUGUUGUUUAUCCGGGGCCUUGAAGUGGAGAGGGUGAGCAGCUUUAGGUACCUGGGCGUCUACAUCUCUGAGGACCUCACCUGGACACUGAACACCACACAGCUGGUCAAGAAGGCUCAGCAGCGGCUGUAUUUCCUGAGGAGGCUGAGGAAAUUUGGUAUGUCGGUCAAGAUCCUCAGCAGGGUCUACAGCUGCAUGGUGGAGAGCACACUGACAAGCUGCAUCACUGCAUGGUCCAGCAGCACUACUGCCAUGGACUGCAAACACCUGCAGAGAGUGAUAACAACUGCUUGGAAGAUCACUGCUGUCACUGCAGAGCACUUACCAUCGCAGAGCCCAGAGGAGAGCUGCCUCCAUCCCCAAAGACCCCCCACACCCCCAACACGGACUGUUCACACUUCUGCCAUUGGGAUGGAGGUUCAGAAGUUGUGCCUCACCAUUUCUACUUACACCACUGAAAUUAAUGGAACUAAUGCAAACAUCACUGCACAUCAAAGUACGGUGGACUGUCAGAUGGACUGUCAGACUUCCUGCGUCUUUCUAUGCAUUCCUGGAGAAGAGGCAUGGUUCAAUGAUCACACUUGCUACCUGAACCCAUGCCUGAACAGUUCCAUCUUGCAACUGAUUGAUUCACUGGAUUAUAAACAGAAAAACUUGAUAACACUCUUCAACAUGAGAAACUCGUGUUUGGACCUCUUCAAUAAUAAUCAAAAACUCAAACAGAUCUUUAUAAAUGAAGAAAGAAAGGCCAUCCAUACCCUCAUAAAUAACACCCAGACUGAGGUUGCAUUGUCCACUACCUACAACCAGCAGUACUUGUCUCUGAAUGUGAUCAACAUCAGCAAGGCCUCAGUGAAUUCCACAGUGGAAAUAGAAGCUCCCCAGCUGCACCCUGAGAAUCAUUCAUUCAUCCCUAAGAUUUGGCUGCCUGUCGAUGCUCUAAAGACCAUCCCAGAGGAGAAGAGGAUUAUUGGUUUGGUCAGCUUCAUGUAUCACGGCCAUUUCCAAUUUGAUCAGGAAAAGAUUGUAUCAGUGGUUCUCAGGAUAGAGGUGCUGGGGGAAGAGCGCCUCAGAAAUCUGUCUUCUCCAAUCAAGAUGACCUUUAGAGUUAAAACAGACAAAGGUCAACUGGAUGAUGACUCACAGUUAGUCUGUCACUAUUUUGAUGAAUUUGAUGAAAAUGGUAAGUAUAUAUCAGGCUCACCCUGGAAAACUGAUGGAUGUGAGACUCAAAGCUUCAACCGAUCAAAUGAACAGGACAUUGCGUGCUAUUGUAACCAUACAACACCGUUUGCUGUUCUUCUGAUAAGAGGUCAAAUUGCAGGAGUCCACUGGAAAAUAUUGUCAUACAUCAGUUACAUAGGCUGCGGUCUGUCAGCUUUCUUUACUGCUUUGUCUCUUUUGAUGUAUGCUUUCAGUCGUAACCACAAACUGGACUACUCACUAUCUAUUCACGUAUCCCUGAGUGGGGCCUUGUUUCUGCUCAAUUCAUCCUUCCUGCUGACUGAGUGGGGAACUACACUGGACCAAGAGGGCGUGUGUGUGUUUGUUGCAGCAUUCAUGCAUUUCUCCUUGCUCUGCAGUUUCACCUGGAUGGCCAUAGAGGGACUUCACCUCUAUCUGAUGCUGAUCAAGGUGUUUAACACCUACUACAAACACUACCUACUGAAACUUUCACUUGCGGGUUGGGGUAUUCCUGCUGUAAUUGUGGCGGUCUCUGUAGGAGUGAUGGAUUGCAAACAGUUUUAUGGAGUUAAACACAUGACCAUGGCUGACACCAACCAAACUAGUUCGAUCUGCUGGAUCACUGACGACACCUUCUUCUACUCCAUGAACCUGGUAUAUUUCAUCCUUGUUUUUGUCUUUAACACUGGCAUUCUCAUGGCAGUGGCCUCCAGCAUAUGUAAGAUGAAACAAGUGUUACAGACUACCUUAAAGACAGGAGCCACAGCUAAGGGGAAAUUAUGGGAAGUACGAGAGAGGUUUAACGCAUCCUGUAAGAGUGGCCUAACAUUGUUUGGUCUUACCUGCCUGAUGGGUACCACAUGGGGCCUGGCCUUCCUGGGUUCUGGAUAUAUCAACUACCCCAUUCUCUACCUUUUCUGUAUCCUCAACUCCACACAAGGUUUCUUUAUCUUCCUGUGGAUUUGUCUGUCAGCAAAGAAGCAGAGAAAGAGGGCUAAGGAGGACCGAACAUCUUCAGCUCCUGUGAGAACUACAGAAAUCAAAUAUGAUUAGAGUUCCUCUCUACC